CCGCAGGCAGGAAAAAAAAAGCAGUUUGAUCCCAUUUAUAACGGACUGAGUCCUCACAAAGCGGGCAGCUUCUCCAUAAAGUCGAGUUUUGUAAGCUCAUUCCUCUCCUUCCAAGAUGAACAGAAUUAUUCUCCAGCUUUUUGCAGUCGGAUUCUGCUUUGCAAUCGGCCAGGCCCUGCAGUGCUAUGAGUGCAAAAUUGGCUUCUGGAACUUGUGCCUAACCACUAAAACCACAUGCAAAAGUGGAGAACAGUGCUUCAGUGGUGUCGGGAAAGCAGCCGGCUUCGUGGACAUCAAGACGAAGGGCUGUCUGGCAGUGGCCGAUUGCAACCAGACCAAAGAGGUGAACUUCCCCACCAGCGGCUCCAACACAACCGUUUACUCCAUGACCAAGACGUGCUGCAACAACGACCUGUGUAACGCUGCGCCUGGACUGCCUGGCACCUCCGGGCUGAGCCUUGCCCUCGCCACCAUCGCAGCUCUGUUUGUGGCCAACAUGGUUUGAUCGAAAAUAAAGUGAAUGCAUAAAUGCAUAAAACACAAACACAUGGGUCUUGUGUUUUCUAUCCUAGAAGUGUAAUACACACACUGAUAUAAACACUUACAGUGUUUAACACUUUAAGUGAUCUAAACACUUGAACUGUUUAUAUCAGUUAAAUUUAAAUUCUCUUUUCUUUUUUUUUCUUUUUAGACUCAUCAGUAACCUGUCCCAGUUCUCAUUUCAUUAUAAACGAUAUUAAAAUGUUAGUUGACUGACCAUUUAAAUUGUAAAACAAGUGUGUACCACUGACAUUAAAGAUGAUUAAAGAAGUCCACCACAACUAAAGUGCCCUGCAAUUAACUUUCUCCACUUGAAUGAGCAGUAUAACAUUUAGGCACAGGUCCAUGGGUGCCAGGAGGCGAAUUACAUGUUAGGCAUUUCACUGUGUGAUUUUAAAUUGUUUUUGUAGGUUGACUUGUGGGAAUAAAGGAACUGUCCAACAUUUUGUGAAAUACUUAUUUGCUUUUUUUUUGCCCAGAGUUUGAUUUAAAAAAAGAUCAAUACCACUUUCAUAUCUGUCCGUUAAAUCCUAAGCUUCAACCAGUAGCCUCUUAGCUUAGCAUAAAGACUGGAAACAAGGGGAAACAGCUAACCCUGCUCUGUCGAAACAAAUAUGCCUACAAGCGCCUCUAAAGCUCACUAAUUAGUUGUUCUAGUUUGUUUUGUCCUUAGGUGUAAAACAAGUUGAUUUCACAACUCAAUUAGUGAGCUUUAAAGGUGUUAGUGAGUGUAUUCUUUUACCAUUGGACAGAGCCGGGUCAUCUGUUUCCCUCUGUUUCCAGUCUUAAUGCUAAGCUAAGCUAACCGUCUCCUGGCAGUAGCUUCGUGUUUGCCGUACACACAUAAAAGUGGUAUCGUUCUUCCCAUCUAGCUCUAUGCAAGAAGGGGAACAAGUAUAUUUCUCAAACUAUUCCUUUAAUUUAUUGCCUUUGACCCGCUGUAUUGUCUGAUUUAGAGUUAUAAAAAUGCCAAUAUAUAUAUAUAGAUUUCAAAGCUUCUGUUUCAUUUAUUGCCGUUUGCUUUGUGUUCACUUUAUUAAAGUGUAGCUAACAUAAUUGUCUCUUGGCUUAUGUCUGGUACUGUCUGUGAAAACAUUUCUUAUUUUGCUGGUUUUCUUUUUUUUUCUUCUCCUUUUACAGAUAUAGCUCAAUCAAUUCUGUGUGUAAUCUGUUUUAUUUUUUAUAUUUGAGUCAAAUGUACACUGCACAUCACUUAUAAACCGUGGGGGUAAAAGCUUUAGUUUAUCUUGCUAGUUUUGAAUGUAUAUAAUAUAUAUAUCUAUCUAAAUAGAUAUAUAUAUAUUAUAUGUGGAGAAUGUGAUAUUAUCGCAGAUAUUAAAAAAUAAUUGACAUUGCAGCGAUUGAAAAUUUGUCAUCUUAAGAUCUCCUCUAAUUAAAUCAAUAAAUAUGAGUUAGACAUUCCUGGCAUUAUUUACCAAAAGUAUAUGUGUAGGCCUGUCUGAAUGUUUUUUGUAAAAUUGGAUAUGUAAACAAUUCGAAGAAUGCAAUAAAAUCCAAACUGGGUGAAAACAAA